GGAGUGAGAGCUCAUGAGACCGCACAAGACAACGCCACGCCUUCAUCCAGGCUACCUCCGCCACCCAUUAAUCGCAGUGUACGCCCACCGGAACGGUCUGAAGUUCAUGAGAGCGCACAUGCACCAACACACGCGCCGGUUCUUCCAUCUCGGCACGUGGAGGCUGCACCUCAGCAAUAUCAGCAGGACGAAGACGAAAUCUCCGAUAACAUCAGCAUAGACUGGGCAAACCUUUCUCCGGAAGACAAGGCGGUUUUCUUCGAGUGGUUGGACGAGUUCUUUUCGGGGUACCUUGGCAGACCUGUAGGCCCUAUCCACGCUGCGGUCAACGCUAUCACCGCCGCAGGUAAUUCGCAGCAGGCUCAAGCGGCUCCGCCUCCCAUACGAUUCUCAACAAGACCGAUCAUCUGAGCUUUCUCCCCACCUCGCCUUCGAGUCUCCCCCUUCCCCGACCCGAGGGCAAUUUCAUCAUGUCGGAGCCUGCCAUGUCUACGGAACCCGAAGAACAGCCACGAGCAUCGUACAAAGUCUUCGUUCGCUCGGAAGAGUUCGUUCUGAGCCGCAACCAAAUCCAGUUCGAUUCGCCCAACUUCUUCACGGGCUGUUUCCUAUCCGGCCUAGCGGAAUCACUCACACAUGAAGUCCACAUCGAUCGAAAUCCUGCACUGUUCGCGCUCGUCGUGGAAUACCUCUCCGGUUAUAUUAUCCUCCCCUUAUCGGCGGCAUCGGUCCCGAACACGAUGAGCGUCGAGCUGGCCACCCGAAACCUGGCUGAGGAUGCGCUCUUCUACGGCCUGACCAAGUUGCAUGCGAUGCUCACCACGCCGGCCCUUCCGAAUGUCAAUUUGGACUGGUUCGGGUUGGGUUCGCCACUGGUGACAUUCGGGGACGUCCUUUCCGGACGAUUGCCGCCCGAGGUCGAAUGGACGGAGAAAGGCCUCUGCUCGACCCACUGGGGCGCUCAGCACCCCGUGCUCAUCUACCGGCGUAAUUUCCCGCUGCAGCUGACCGGCGUCAGCCACCACCUUGCCGGCGAGUUCAUUUGGGGCUCGGAGGAGAUGCACUACGAGUUCAGGGGGCGGAAGAGCCCGAAGAGGCUCGCGUCCAUGUACCCGCGCGUGGCCUUCCCUCACGAUGAUAUCUACAUCGCCGACGGGUACGAGGACUCGCUCCUCCACAUCGACGGCGCGACGAUCCGCUCCGCGAACCUAACGCCUUGGUGGCGGUACCGGACGGGCAUGUCGCGGAUGUACCUCCCCCAGCAAGGUUUUUCCGUCUUGGACGGGGCGUUCCCGCUCUACGACGACCUGUUGGAGGUUGAGCGUACCGCGGACGAGCCCUCGUUCUCCGAGCGUGACAAGGAACGCUCGGUGUUCCGCCUCUGGGCGGACGAGAUGCUGUUUGUGAUGCAGACGGAAGACCGUCAUCGGGAUUGGCGGGACGUCGACGCGGAGGAGCUUCCGAAGGAUCCGAUACGCGUUAGCAUCAAGGUUUUGGACGUAAAGGCUAGGACGCGGGCGGCGGUGUUGAAGGCAAUGACCUCGCCGACGUCUCGGUCGGUAGUACAGUCCCAGGCCGGAACGUCGAGUCGCCCGCUCAGCGGAUUGAGCUCUGCAUGAUCGCAUUCCGACGACGAGUACCUGAUAUCUGGGUAAUGCAAAAGGGGAAGAGCGAUGGUGACGACGUAAGGUUUCGCCGCAGCCUGUCACACGAUGCUUUUUGUUUCUGGUCUUCCAUUGUAAUUGCACCCCAUUCCAGAUCAGUGCCAGUGCCAAGUUCCAGUGCCAUUGAUAGCUAUUUUGGCCCUACGAACCAUUGAGCGUUGUUGCCAUAUGGACCACAUGAUCUCACUCAUUCCCAAAGGUCGUAUAUAUCGCAUUCGGUGUUCUUGGCACUGCUGCUAUCAGGCGCCCUCCUAGCAUCGACGUUGUGGAUCAAGAUGGAUCUAAUUCUUGUCACGAACUCUCGCAAUCGCUGUGUUCAUGAGGUGACACCCUCUCUCGACGAAUUUGCCAGCGCUUGCAUUACGAA